CGUGCCCCAGCUCCUGCCCAAAAUGUUGACGUUCAACCUUCUCUUCAUACAUUAACUGAAGAAGAAACAAGUAUUCGGGAUGCAGUUGCGCAUUUUGCUCAGGAAAAGAUUUUACCGAAAGUCCAUCAAAUGGACGAAUCAGAAACACUUGACCCAGAAGUUCUUAAAGGCCUUUUCGAACAAGGGCUUAUGGGUAUUGAAACAGAAUCGGAAUACGACGGUGCUAACAGUUCUUUCUUGGCUGCAAUUUUAGUUGUAGAAGAACUUGCCAAGGUGGAUCCGUCAGUUAGUGUCGUUUGUGAUGUUCAGAAUACAUUGGUCAAUACUUUAUUCCGUAAAUAUGGCAACGAAAAUUUAAAAAAGAAGUAUUUACCUCGUCUUGCAACCGAUACAGUUGGUUGUUUUUGCCUCUCUGAAUCUGAAGCGGGUAGUGAUGCAUUCGCGCUUAAAACUAGAGCAACAAAAGAAGGUGAUCAUUUCGUGAUUAAUGGUUCAAAAAUGUGGAUUACAAAUUCUGGAGAAGCAGAAAUUUUUUUGGUCUUUGCCAAUUUGGAUCCAUCUAAGGGGUAUAAAGGAAUUACUUGCUUUGUUUUAGAAAAAGAUAUGGGAGUUAAAGUUGCGAAAAAAGAGAGCAAGCUUGGUAUUAGGGCUUCUUCGACAUGUACAUUGAAUUUUGACAAUGUCAAGGUUCCUGAGGAAAACGUUCUCGGAGAAAUAGGAAAAGGCUACAAAUAUGCUAUCGAAAUUUUGAACGAGGGUCGAAUUGGUAUAGCUGCCCAAAUGAUUGGUUUGGCUCAAGGAGCUUAUAACCACGCUUUACCAUAUUUAUUCCAGAGGAAGGCAUUCGGAAGUUACAUCGGUGACUUUCAGGGCAUGCAACAUCAAUAUGCUCAAGUCGCUACUGAAAUAGAAGCAGCUAGGCUCCUAACAUAUAAUGCGGCCAGGAUGAAACAAGAGGGAAAGAAUUUUGUCAAAGAAGCUGCAUUUGCAAAAUUAUAUUCUUCGCAAGUUGCUGAAAAGGCCGCUUCAAUGUCCAUUGAAUGGAUGGGAGGUGUGGGCUUUACUCGAGAAUUUCCAGUCGAAAAGUAUUACAGGGAUGCAAAGAUUGGUUCGAUAUACGAAGGAACUUCAAACAUCCAAUUAUCAACGAUUGCUAAAUUAAUAUCGCAGAAAUAUAGAUCAUAA